GAGUCGGGGGGGCCACCCAGGGUGCCCCAGAUCACGUUUGCCACUAGCAGCCAACCAGUCGGGCCCGAGUCCGCGGGCCAAAAGCGAUUGGGGGCGAGCGAGCUCGGCCCCACAGUUCCCGGUACGAGUGCCCCCCGCCCGAGCCCGAGGAGGUAUAUCCUGCCCCACCGGCCACCUCCCCUCGUGGAAGCGGAGCAGCGGCCUCGCUGUAGCGCAGAGGCGAGAUGUAGCGAGCCGGGGGUCGCGGCUGGACGCUCGCCUUGGCUGGGAGUGUGGGGGGGCACGCCGGGGGCCGAGGAGGACGGCCGAGGAAGAGGAGUGAUGAGAAGAGGGGGCACCCUGCCCUCCCCGAGACCACGGGCCCUUGCUGCCGCUCGCCAGGCGCCCCCCUUCCUCCUAAGCGAGGACCAGGUAUUCCACGCAGUUUCUCGUGACUUGAAGGACCGGGGAUUCUGGGAGGUUCCAGGUCUUCCCGGGAAGGAAGGAAAUCUCUGGAAGAAAGGUGAAAGACGACAGGCACUGCCCCGGGACCAGCAGAACCUGAGAAGCUGUGGGAAGCUUAAGGACACCAGCCAGAGGCGUGGGAAGAAGCCGCAGCCCCAGGCCCACGCUGCCUUCGGAAAGAACUGAACUCAAACCACUUUUCAUGAAAGAAGGGCCGCCCCAGAGGUUACCCCACAUUUGGCUGGGCUCUUCCACCCUGGAUGUCCCCGCUCUGAGCAACCUGUUGCUGAGAACCAAAGAAGAUAAGAGGCCUGAUUAAUUUCCCCCCAGCCCGGCGCUGGACAACAGGCGUCAGGCGUCUGCACCCCUAGUGGCUGGCUGCGGGGGCUGGUGAGGAGUUUCUGGUUCCCUCCAGCCUGCGGCUUCAGUGCUUGAUGGGGCUGCCUGUUGGUCGAUCAGUUUUUGCAGCACCUGGUAGGAGCGGAGAGCCGUGGGAAGAGGUCCUGCGGCACCCGAGCCUGGGUUCACCCCAAGACUAAGUUCUUUCCUGAGUUAGAGAGGGAGAGAGAAAGCGAAAAAGAAAAAGGAGAGAAGUUUCCCCUUCCUGUUUUCCCUUCCCGUCAUGUCCUCUAAGUUGGAGCUGAAGGACAUCCACCAGCUGAACGGGACUGGCCCUGCUGCUUCACCCUGCUCUUCCGAUGGCCCCGGGCGAGAGCCCUUGGCCGGGACCUCCGAGUUCCUGGGGCCUGAUGAGGCUGGGGUAGAGGUGGUGGUGAUUGAGUCUCGGGCCAACGCCAAGGGGGUGCGGGAGGAGGACGCCCUGCUGGAGAACGGGAGCCAGAGCAAUGAAAGUGACGACGUCAGCACAGACCGUGGCCCCGCACCACCCUCCCCGCUCAAGGAGACCUCCUUUUCCAUUGGGCUGCAAGUGCUCUUUCCCUUCCUCCUGGCAGGCUUCGGGACUGUGGCUGCGGGCAUGGUGCUGGACAUCGUACAGCACUGGGAAGUCUUCCAGAAGGUGACAGAGGUCUUCAUCUUGGUGCCUGCACUGCUGGGGCUGAAGGGGAACCUGGAAAUGACCCUGGCAUCGAGGCUGUCCACCGCAGCCAACAUCGGGCACAUGGACACACCCAAGGAGCUCUGGCGGAUGAUCACUGGGAACAUGGCCCUCAUUCAGGUGCAGGCCACAGUGGUGGGCUUCCUGGCGUCCAUUGCAGCUGUCGUCUUUGGCUGGAUCCCUGACGGCCACUUCAGCAUCCCGCAUGCCUUUCUGCUGUGUGCCAGCAGUGUGGCCACAGCCUUCAUUGCCUCCCUGGUACUAGGUAUGAUCAUGAUUGGGGUCAUCAUUGGCUCUCGAAAGAUUGGAAUCAACCCAGACAACGUGGCCACUCCCAUUGCUGCCAGCCUGGGGGACCUCAUUACCUUGGCACUGCUUUCAGGCAUCAGCUGGGGACUCUACCUGGAGCUGGAAAACUGGAAAUACAUCUACCCCCUGGUGUGUGCCUUCUUCGUGGCCCUGCUACCGGUCUGGGUGGUGCUGGCCCGGCGGAGCCCAGCCACAAGGGAGGUGCUGUACUCGGGCUGGGAGCCUGUCAUCAUUGCCAUGGCCAUCAGCAGCGUGGGAGGCCUCAUCUUGGACAAGACUGUGUCAGACCCCAACUUUGCAGGGAUGGCUGUCUUCACACCUGUGAUUAACGGUGUCGGGGGCAAUCUGGUGGCCGUGCAGGCCAGCCGCAUCUCCACCUUCCUGCACAUGAACGGAAUGCCCGGGGAGAACUCUGAGCAGGCCCCUCGCCGCUGCCCCAGUCCUUGUACCACCUUCUUCAGUCCUGAUGUGAAUUCUCGCUCGGCCCGGGUCCUCUUCCUGCUUGUGGUUCCAGGACACCUGGUCUUCCUCUACACCAUCAGCUGUAUGCAGGGAGGGCAUACCACACUCACCCUCAUCUUCAUCGUCUUCUACAUGACAGCCGCACUGCUCCAGGUAGCCCUGCCUUUUUCACAUAACUAUGUGUCUAUCACAGAGAUCAUUCCACAUCAACAUGUAAAGAGAAGAGCACCCUGAUGUUUCACAGCUGCAUUCUAUUCUGUUCUAGAGAGGCUCCCUAAUUUCAUUUAACCAGUCCCUAUUGGCCAUCACUUAUCCCUGCACCCCUUACCCCCACCUUGAGAAAGGCUGUGGGUUGGGACACCUUGGCAAGGGCCGGGCUGAGAACCUACCACAUGCAGUUUCCCGGAAGCAGUCACCCAGGUCACCACAUUCCCUUGCGAGGGUCUGAGGCUGGAGGUUAGCCCUUGGCCUGCAUUGGGAAGGAUAAGCCUUAGCUCACUAUCCAUCUCUGCCCUCCUCUUCUCCAGGCCUGUGGAGGGGCACCGCCUGGCACUGAUCCCCAGAAAGGUUCUUCCUGAUCCUUUGCUGCCUCCUCAGCCAUGUGUCCCAGGGCCUGCUCAGGGGUGGAAUGUAGGGACAGCUGCUGCCAUUCCAUUCCAGAGCGUGAAGUCCUCCUGCCACACUCUUAAUUUGGGGCUCUGCUGAAAAGGGUGUGAAGUUAUUGGGGGGAGGGGCUGGCCCUCACCCAGGGUCAGGGCCAGGGCCACAGGGGUACCGGGCAGCUGUGCAGGGGAGGGGGGAUGUGAAGGGUGCUAGAACUGUAAGCACCGGCCCCCCUGGAGAGAAGACAGGAGAACAACCAAGUUUGCCUAAAAAUAGGUAUCAACUCUAGUUUCUUUAUCCUGCGAGAGUCUCUGCUUUCUGCAUCUGCGCCCCUUAGGGCGGAAUUUACAUACCGCAACAUUUGCAAAGUACAGUCAAGGGUAAAACCUCCCCAAUGACUGUGCUGGAGCCUUCCCGUUAGAACCCUUUUCAUUCUCAGCCAGGUGUAGUGAUUUAGGGAGCCCACCUGCGAGGGAGGAUGCAGAGCACGUAGAAGAUGUGGGCCUGCCCAUCGCAUCUAAAUGCAUUUCCAACUUAAACCUGCGUGUGAAUCUUGUUUAAAUGCAGAUUCUGAUUUAGGAGAUUGAGGGGCCGGGGGGCUGAGACUGCAUUCUAACAAGCUCCCGGCUGCUGCUGCUGGUC